AUGGCUUACGGAUCGGUGGCGCCGGCUAGCAUACCUAGUGAAAAGCCAGCCCCAGGUCAGCGAUGGCUUGCUUUCCCCGCGCCAUGGUCUGGUCAGGAGAAGCUUUCCCAGGAUUGCUUGAUCAAUCAUUGCCUCUGGUUGUAGGAUUUAGCUGCGGUUCCGGAGGUGAAGAUGAACUGUACGGUGAGCUAUGGAGGGCCUGCGCCGGACCGCUUGUGGAGGUGCCGCGGCUCGGAAGCAGAGUCUACUACUUCCCUCAAGGGCACAUGGAGCAGGUGAGUCUUCCCCGAUGUUUGUUCAAUUUUCCGCCGCAGGUCUUUUUCCGAUCACGAGAAGAAUUUCUUUCCCCCGUGCUCGAGGCUUUUCUCUAAUUUCCAGUUUUUCCUAACCAAUUUUGUGUUCUUGCAGUUGCAGGCGUCAACGAAUCAGGAGUUGGAUCAGAAGAUUCCCCUGUUCAAUCUCCCAACCAAGAUCCUCUGUCGUGUGGUCAAUGUUCUGCUUCGUGUAAGCUAGAAAACUCCGCUUUCUCCCUUCCCCGCAAAAUUUACCUCAAUUUUCCCCCUUCGCUUCUUGGUCUGGUCCUUUGGCUUGGGUCUGAUUUCUUCGACAAUUCAGGCGGAGCCGGAGACUGACGAGGUCUUCGCUCAGAUUACCCUUCAACCAGAACAGGAUGUAAGAUUUCUCUUCUUGUUCUGGUUAUUUCUUGAGGUAUAUUAUCUACCUUUUUUGGUUCUCCGUUUCUGUGGUUGGCUGAUCUGAUGAUCUCUCUCAGCAAACCGAGCCCUCGAGCCCCGACCAAUGUUCUCCGGAACUCCCCAGGCCAUCAGUGAAUUCCUUCGUCAAGAUCUUGACGGCUUCUGACACGAGCACUCACGGUGGUUUCUCUGUUCUCCGUAAGCAUGCCAGUGAGUGCCUCCCCCCGCUGGUGAGCUCUCCUAAACUCUUUUCUCUCUCUCGUUCUCUCGCUCUCGCACGCUCGCUCGCUCGCUCGCUCUGGUGGUGGGGCCUUUUUUCCAUGACGGCUGUUGCUGUUUCCCAUGGCCAGGACAUGACCCAGCAGAUACCAACCCAGGAGCUGGCCACAAAAGACCUCCAUGGCUUUGAAUGGCGGUUUAAACAUAUCUUCAGAGGUAGCUCGCCGUCCUAACCACUGCCUCCACCGGGAAAGGGAUGCCCGGAAUAUCUCUUGAUUUUAUUUGAUUUUACCAGAAAGAGCUUUUACAUCCUUCUUUCUCAUCAAAUUUAGCCUUUGACAAAAAUUCUCAGGUCAACCCCGAAGACAUCUGCUCACAACCGGAUGGAGUACGUUCGUCUCGUCCAAGAGAUUGGUCGCGGGGGACGCGUUUGUGUUCAUGAGGUCGAUGAGCAUCCCAGUUUGUAGAGAAAUAGUCUCUAAUAUCUCAGAUGCUCUGAUAGCAAUAAAUAUUAUUCAUUUCUAUGUCUCGACAGAGGGGAGAAGGGAGAACUGCGAGUUGGGGUCAGGCGGCUCGCCCGGCAACAGAGCACGAUGCCCACCUCUGUGAUCUCUAGUCAGAGCAUGCAUCUCGGUGUUCUUGCCACUGCAUCACACGCUGUCAUGACCCAGACCCUCUUCAUCGUCUGCUACAAACCGAGGUCAGUGGGUAGGAUUCCCGUUGUAUUCUUUCUUUUCUUAUGCGGCUGUUGACGGAUCGGUGGGUCAUCUUGCGUAAUUUGCCCAUCAGGACCAGUCGAUUCAUUGUAAGCUUAAACAAGUAUCUAGAGUCCGUGAAGCACGGUUUUGCUGUCGGAACGAGAUUCAAGAUGAGAUUCGAGGGGGAGGACACUCCGGAGAAAAGGUACGGCUGUUCGGCGAUUUGAAUUUCCUCUGAUGAAACUCUUCUCUGAAGAUCCGCGGGCCUUCCUGAGGAUGUGUUCACGUCAUUUCCCUGUUUUGGCAGCUUUACGGGCACCAUCGUCGGCGUUGGGGAUAUUUCUCCGCAGUGGGUCGAUUCAAAGUGGAGAUCUUUGAAGGUUAAUUGGCACUUUUCUCCUCGUUUUCUCGUCCAAACGAUUACACUUCGCCGCUUGUCCGCCGCUCUUAAUUCGACGAGGGUUUGACCUUUCAGGUUCAGUGGGAUGAAGCCACGGGUGUCCAGCGACCCGACAGGGUUUCGCCGUGGGAGAUAGAGCCCUUCACUCUUUCCGCGCCAAACGUGAGUUCACCUCACCCGCCUGCGGGGAAGGCUAAGAGGCCUCGCUCGGGCAAGGAUCUCCCCGCCCUUGGUAAUCAAAUAUCCGAGAUUAUGUGCCCGUCUGCGACCGCGUACCAUUCUUUCUUUGUUCCGAACUGAUCUUUAUGCUUACACAGAGGUCGGCCAGCACUUCUGGUAUCCCGGAGCCAGGCAGCCGAAUGAUUCAGGUAACAUGGGCAGCGCAGAAGCUCAGAGCUCCGAAACCCAGAUGUUGUGGUCUCCGAAACCGGGAGAAGCCAAGGGGAAGAGUGCCCUGAGCAGCGGUGGCCGGUGUAUCUUUCCAGGACCAGAUGGCUGGCUCCAGAAUAAGCCCGUGAAUAGCCCGUCACACCAGCUCACGGAUGUUUCUCUGAAGCUGUUCCAAGGUGUUAAUGUAGACGCCAAAUCUGUUCCACCAUGCCCUCCAUCAUCGGGCCUUGUGGCCGAGGAAUCUUCCUUUGCGGUGAAAGAUGACAAGGAAACAUUGAAAAAGCCGGACUCUUGUAGUGGAUACCGGUUGUUCGGCAUUGAGUUGGUGAACAACAGCAGCACGGCAGGCGCAUUCAGUGUGUCCAGCACCGCAACGAAUGAAGAGAUAGCCCCCGGUACGGCGUCAGCAGGAGACUCGGACCAGCAGUCUUGGCUCUCGAAAACCUCAAAGGAGCAGAAGCCAGCGUUGCCCAAGGAAACUCCGGCCAAGCAGAACUGCUCCACCAGGAGCCGGACUAAGGUGAGAGUUACAGUAACGUGGAACCCUCUUACUAAUUGUAGGUCUUCUGUCGGCGAAGAGGCUUCCGCUCGGAUGAACUGAAAGCUAUUAUUUUCUUUAUUUCUUGUUAAAAAAAGGUUCACAUGCAAGGGUUUGCCGUGGGGCGAGCCGUUGACUUGACUGUUCUGCAAGGGUACGACGAGCUGAUUGCGGAGCUGGAACAGAUGUUUGAGAUUAGCGGUGAGCUUCGUGAUCGGAAUAAGUGGGAGGUGGUGUUCACAGACAACGAAGGGGAUAUGAUGCUCGUGGGCGACGACCCAUGGCCGUAAGCCGUUCUUGCUCUUCCAUACCUCCUCUUUCUGCCUUGCAUCCGGUGGCAUGAACGAUGGUGUGAUCCUCGCAGGGAAUUCUGCAAGAUGGCCAGGAAGAUUGUUAUUUACACUUGCGAGGAGGUCAAGAACAUGCAGCCGAGGGCCAGCCUUCCUUCGAUCCCCGUCGAAGAUGAAGAAGAUGAAGGCGGCGGCGAUCCACUCGCGCCUCACCAACCUGGACCGACCCUAAGUGGAGGCUCCGCGCAUGUCUAG